AUUGAUGAACAUGGACUUGGAUCUAUUUUUUUGCUUUUUGCAUUCAUCCUCUUUCAUUUAACUCUUUCAUUUCCCCCCUCUCUGGCUUUCUCCUUCCUGUAUUCAGAAAGACACUAGAAUCUAUUGUGAUUCUCGGUCUUUCUUUUCUCUUUUUUUGCUCAAAAACAAAUUUAGUAAGAAUCCACUUGCAGCAGGCAUUGUGAUAAUUACUUCGCACAGCUUUUUAACCCAUGGUCACUCUUGCCCGCUAAGCACUCGCCUUCCAAAAUUAUUGUAAUUCUCUUAGCAAACGGCUGGAUGUGUAGAAAAUCAUCUCUCUCUGUGACAAAUGCUGAAAGAAUCAAGUUUAUUUGGCUGGCGGAAGAGAAACUUGAGCAGUGUUUUUAACACAGCUUUCAAGUUCAUAACAGAGACACUGAAAGCUUCCCAGAUGCUCUCCAGAGCCAGCAAGAAUGGAACAGAAGGAAAAGUGGUUCGCUCAGAGCAAUAGACAUCCUGAUUAUGUAUCACAACUCUGGCUGUGAGGAGUUGUUAGUCAAGGAGAGGGUGCACCAAGGCAGACUGUCCUUGAGGCCCUUUUAGAAUAAGACGUUUUACUUCCUUGGGCAUUUGGGCUUUAGAGAGAAUGCAGUGAACGAGCUGAGAAGGGUCAUCCAGUGUGAGUCCUAUGGUUCCACAGGAUGCAUUCAGACAGGGCGUCUAUACUGUUGACAUGGCGAGGAAGUUCUUUCAAUUCCCUGGUAAAAUCCACAGCACGGACCAAAGACAAAACAAAGCUGGACGAACAGAUCCAAGUUAGACAAACUCAUACUAAGAUGAGAAACUUAAGUGGAUUUAGAAAAACUUAUCAAUGUGUUGAUGAGGCAGGUGCCCUAUAGACCAAAGCACCCCUAGAGUGCUAGCCACUGUGGGUUUCAUUAACCCACUUAUGAGAACAGAGUGUAUGAGCCUGGGCCACUGAGGACCUGGGCUUUGCCAUUUGAUGACUUGUACAAUCUCUGAUACAUGAGAGGACUUCAAAAUAUUCGUGGGAAGUGGAAUUAAAAAAGAAGCUUGGCCGGCGCCGCGGCUCAAUAGGCUAAUCCUCCACCUAGCAGCGCCGGCACACCGGGUUCUAGUCCCGGUCGGGGCGCCGGGUUCUGUCCCGGUUGCCCCUCUUCCAGGCCAGCUCUCUGCCAUGGCCCGGGAGUGCAGUGGAGGAUGGCCCAAGUGCUUGGGCCCUGCACCCGCAUGGGAGACCAGGAGAAGCACCUGGCUCCUGCCAUCGGAUCAGUGCGGUGCGCCAGCUGCAGCGCACCGGCCGCGGCGGCCAUUGGAGGGUGAACCAACGGCAAAAGGAAGACCUUUCUCUCUGUCUCUCUCUCACUGUCCAUUCUGCCUGUCAAAAAAAAAAAAAAAAAGAGAGAGAGAGAGAGAGAAAGAGAGAGAGAGGGGAGCUUAUUUUGUGCCAAAAACUUUUGAAAUCCUUCCACUCGUGGGGUCUUCAAAUAGUUCAUAGAAGAUGGUUAUUAUAUAAAAAAAGUAUGCCUAGAUUUCAAGUGUUAUGCACCAAAAUGAACAUAUCUUUUCAUUCUCUUCCUACAAAUGUUUUUAAGUAUCUUGUCUCAGCUUUCUUACUUAUAGAAUGAAAAGCAAUAUGCCUUCUUUCUGUAGGGGAGGGGGUAAGUUAGAUGGCAUUGGUAAACCACACAGCAGAGCGCCUAGAAACGCUGAUUGGUAUUUCCUGGUAAAAAGUUCCAAGGAACCUUUUCAACUGCCACUUGGACUGGUGACUGCAGCCCAGCCCAGUUGCUCCCUGAAAGGCUCAGCUGCUACAUUCACAGGCAAGGUCAUGUGGCAUUCAACGUCUGUCUCCACCAAACCCCUCCCCCUGAGCCCCCAGUUCCAAAGACAGUCAGAGUGUUCCUCUGGGAACAUCAAGUGUCUUUUGGCCAAAGCACCAUAAUUGAGAACAUCACCAAUUCAUGGACUGCUCCUAGGAAUGUGAUCAUCGGGGUAGAUUUGAGGAGGAAGUUCCAUAGUAGAAGCCCUAAAAUGAGCUGGGCCUCCAGAGGAGAGGAUGCUGUCUGGUGCUGGGCUACAUGGCCAAGGACAAGUUUCGGAGAAUGAAUGAAGGUCAAGUCUACUCCUUCAGCCAGCAGCCACAGGACCAGGUGGUGGUGUCGGGACAGCCGGUGACGCUGCUGUGUGCCAUCCCCGAGUACGAUGGCUUCGUUCUGUGGAUCAAGGAUGGCCUGGCCCUGGGUGUGGGCCGAGACCUCUCAAGUUACCCGCAGUACCUGGUGGUGGGCAACCACCUGUCGGGGGAGCACCACCUGAAGAUCCUGCGGGCGGAGCUGCAGGACGACGCCGUGUACGAGUGCCAGGCCAUCCAGGCUGCCAUCCGGUCCCGCCCCGCGCGCCUCACCGUGCUAGUGCCACCCGAUGACCCCGUCAUCCUGGGAGGGCCGGUGAUCAGCCUGCGGGCGGGUGACCCCCUCAACCUCACCUGCCACGCAGACAACGCCAAGCCGGCCGCCUCCAUCAUCUGGCUUCGAAAGGGCGAGGUCAUCAACGGGGCCACCUACUCCAAGACCCUGCUGCGCGAUGGCAAGCGUGAGAGCAUCGUCAGCACCCUCUUCAUCUCCCCUGGCGACGUGGAGAACGGGCAGAGCAUCGUGUGCCGCGCCACCAACAAAGCCAUCCCCGGAGGAAAGGAGACCUCGGUCACCAUUGACAUCCAGCACCCCCCGCUUGUCAACCUGUCAGUGGAGCCGCAGCCAGUGCUGGAGGACAACGUGGUCACGUUCCACUGCUCUGCCAAGGCCAACCCGGCUGUCACCCAGUACAGGUGGGCCAAGCGAGGCCAGGUCAUCAAGGAGGCGUCUGGAGAGCUGUACCGAACUACCGUGGACUACACGUACUUCUCAGAGCCCGUCUCCUGCGAGGUGACCAAUGCCCUGGGCAGCACCAACCUCAGCCGCACCGUGGACGUCUAUUUUGGGCCCCGCAUCACCUCUGAGCCCCAGUCGCUGCUCGUGGACCUGGGCUCCGACGCCGUCUUCAGCUGUGCCUGGACCGGCAACCCAUCCCUGACCAUCGUGUGGAUGAAGCGCGGCUCCGGCGUGGUCCUGAGCAAUGAAAAGACCCUGACCCUCAAAUCCGUCCGCCAGGAAGAUGCUGGGAAGUACGUGUGCCGGGCGGUGGUACCCCGGGUGGGAGCCGGGGAGCGUGAAGUGACGCUGACUGUCAAUGGACCCCCCAUCAUCUCCAGCACCCAGACCCAGCAUGCUCUGCACGGCGAGAAAGGCCAGAUCAAGUGCUUCAUCCGGAGCACACCGCCGCCCGACCGCAUCGCCUGGUCCUGGAAGGAGAACGUGCUGGAGUCGGGGACAUCAGGGCGCUACACGGUGGAAACGGUUAGCACGGAGGAGGGGGUCAUCUCCACACUGACCAUCAGCAAUAUCGUGCGGGCCGACUUCCAGACCAUCUACAACUGCACUGCCUGGAACAGCUUCGGCUCCGACACGGAGAUCAUCCGGCUCAAGGAGCAAGGUUCGGAAAUGAAGUCGGGAGCCGGGCUGGAAGCAGAGUCCGUGCCGAUGGCCGUCAUCAUCGGGGUAGCCGUGGGAGCCGGCGUGGCCUUCCUCGUCCUGAUGGCAACCAUUGUGGCCUUCUGCUGUGCCCGUUCCCAGAGAAAUCUCAAAGGUGUCGUGUCAGCCAAAAAUGACAUCCGAGUGGAGAUUGUCCACAAGGAGCCUGCCUCUGGCCGGGAGGCUGAAGAGCACCCCACCAUCAAGCAGCUCAUGAUGGACCGCGGUGAAUUCCAACAAGACUCGGUGCUGAAGCAGUUGGAGGUCCUCAAAGAAGAAGAGAAGGAGUUUCAGAACCUGAAGGACCCCACCAAUGGCUACUACAGCGUGAACACUUUCAAAGAGCACCACUCGACGCCGACCAUCUCCUUGUCCAGCUGUCAGCCAGAUCUGCGCCCUGCCGGAGGCAAGCAGCGGGUGCCCACCGGCAUGUCGUUCACCAACAUCUACAGCACCCUGAGCGGCCAGGGCCGCCUCUACGACUACGGGCAGAGGUUCGUGCUGGGCAUGGGCAGCUCGUCCAUCGAGCUGUGCGAGCGGGAGUUCCAGAGGGGCUCCCUCAGCGACAGCAGCUCCUUCCUGGACACGCAGUGCGACAGCAGCGUCAGCAGCAGCGGCAAACAGGACGGCUACGUGCAGUUCGACAAGGCCAGCAAGGCCUCCGCCUCCUCUUCCCACCACUCCCAGUCCUCUUCCCAGAACUCCGACCCCAGUCGACCCCUGCAGCGGCGGAUGCAGACUCACGUCUGAGGAUGACACGCGGCGGCGCAGGGAGCGGGGAGGCGGCCGGGGGCCGGGGGGGCCCGGGAGCCGGGGCUGGGGGCGGGGCGCGCUCUGGGUCUCCAGGGACCAGGGGUCGCUUUGCCGCAGGACCCCAGAACUGGUCGCCUCCGCGCCUCUGCCACCACCGUCCUCCAAAGCUCUGAUCAAGCACAAAUCCGGGUCCCCGGCUGCAGCGCGCCAGAGGCAGGCGGAGGGGCGGGGAACCGGACGGAGGAGGCCCUGAGUGCUCUUCGCUCGCUCGCUGGACACACUCGACCCGGCCCUUUCCUGGAAGGCCCCUCUUCCGCCUGCUCUCCCACAGGCACUAGAGGCAGCUAGAACUUUGCUUUCAUGAAACUGCCGUCCACUCUCCCCUCUCCCCGGAGCUCCAUCCCUUGCUGCCCUAAGCUCUGCCCCGUGCCUGUGCUCCUAGACAACCUGGGGAGAAGAGACGGGGGUGGGGGGGUGGGGGGGAGUUCCUCCCAGCACCGAGCGCCCCCAGAGACCCCCAGCUCACCCCACCUGCUCUUGCCCAUACCUUGGAGGCUGAGAAGCCCCAAAUGGCCCUGGCCAGAGGAGCAUCCCUGGCACCUCGCUAGCCGGAGCCCACCCCCAAUUUGUUUGGUGUUUUGUGUCCAUACUCUUGCAGUUGUGUCGUUGGACUUGAUGCCUCUGAAGCCUGGCUGGGGUAGGACUGGCCCCAUGAGAGCCUGGUGUCCUCUGGGGAGCAGAGGGGGAGGGAGGGAGAGUGUGCGUGCUUGCCCAGACAGCUCCACCGCCUCCCAGGUCACUGCCCCCUGCUGCCUGUGUACCGCCCCUCCCCCGCAGCACAACCGGAGUUAACCUAAGGAGUGUGAGCGCCUCUCUGGCCAGGGCGCUUUGGCGGCUCCUUGGAGAGAGGAUGUAUUCUGGGAGGUGCCGGGUCGAGGGGCUGGAGGUUUAAGAUGAGACUUGCGUUCCCCGACGACCAACGCAAGGGACGAUGGCCAAGUUCUCUGUAAGAUUGCCUGGCAAGAGAGCCAGCCACCUCAUUUCUCCUAGUCACCACGCGAGAAUAAACCCGAGGG